AUGCUUUCUGCGUCCGCCCUGCCUUCCAUAGUAGCGGUAAUGCUCACCCUUGCCCUUCCGGCAUGGGCAGCUCCUCAACCGAUCAGCAAGCGCUCAACAUCUGAACUUAGCUUGACAGCUCAACUGCGACUUGCAGACACUGCCAUUGAACGUUACCAACUCCUUCCAAAGGAUGAAGACUUUGUCUUCAACUUCACUGCCAGCGAGGUUCCGGUUGCCACCAGCCAGAAUUUUCCGGCCCUUGUUGGAACUGGCGCCUCCUUCAGUAUCGGAGAAUUGCCAGCAUGCAGCAUGAGCUUCCUCCACCUUCACCCCCGUGCUACGGAGCUCUUCGCUCUUACGUCAGGACGCGUGUUGUCGGAGAUGGUACCUGAGGCAGGCGUCCUGGACUCUGAAGGCAAGCAACGAGCUAUCCGCGUGGAGCUCAGCCCCGGUGUGGUGACCAUCUAUCCGGCCGGUUCGUUUCACACGCAAGUGAAUCCGGACUGUGAGCCGGCCAAUUUCGCCGCAGCCUUCACAUCCGAUGAGUUCGCUGUGGGCCUGGUGGCAGCAGAGACCUUUUCGCUCAGCGAUGAUGUGAUUGCUGCCACGUUUGGACAGAGCAUCGCCGGCGAGGAUAUCGAAACUGUGAGGAAUGCGAUUCCGACCACCAUGGCCAUCAAGGUGGAGGAGUGUUUGACAAAGUGUGGUAAGCAGAAGCGUCAAGCUUGA